AUGUGGAUGCAGCAGUGGAUGCCGGCCGCGGCCGCCGACUGCCCCCAAUUUUACAGCCACAAGAAUCCGCAGCACACGGCGUGCAAGCCUCUCAACACAUGGUGCAAGAUAAAGGAGAGCGGCAUGGACGAUACCCAGCGCGGCCUCAUACUGAAGCUGCACAACCACUACCGGAGCCGGAUCGCACGUGGCAACGUGACGGGAUUCAAGCCGGCAGCCGACAUGCAGGAGCUGCUCUGGGACUCAGAUCUUGAAUACGUGGCUCAGGCACAUGCAAACCUCUGCACGACUCCCGACGGUGACCUGAAACACGACCACGUGCGGGACCGCUUCACGCCACGCUUCGAGUUCACGGGUCAGAACUUGGCGUGGAUAGGCCGGUCGUUCAGCGACGGGGGGCCCAACUGGACCUACGUGAUUCUCAACUGGUUUGAAGAGCACAAGCUCUACCCCGCACGCCUGGUGUCUCGGUUUGACGUCACCGCAGGCAUCAAGACGGGCCAUUUCACCCAGCUUGUCUGGGCCAAGUCGCGCUACGUUGGCUGCGGAUACGUCUACUACACCGUCGACAAGGCCCGCUACCCACACAUGAAGCACUACGCGUGCUGA